GUUUUGGAAAAAUAUGAUUACGAAUUGAUGAAGGCCGUUGGAAACAAUGAUCUGAAGAAAUUAAGAGAGAUGUUGGAUUGUGGAGUGGACAUUAAUAUGAAGGAGUAUGAUAAGGGUACGACACCUUUGCAUAUUGCAGCGGCACGUGGACAUAAACAGGCGAUAGAGUUGUUGGUGGCGAGAGGCGCCGACAUCAAUGCACAGGACGCGAGAGGCGUCACCCCGCUGCACUCACUCGUGCUCAAUCGUUAUGAUAUGCUGGCGCUGUGGAUGGUGCGCCAGGGCGCCGACAUCUACUUGGGCGACCUCAACAAGUUCUCGCCGUACGAUCUGGCGCUAGGAUGGUUCCAGAAGGAGAUGGUGGCCGCCUCCGAGGGCAAGCCCGUCAUCUGGGAGGAGCUGAACGAGAGGAACAACGCCGUGGCGCAGAUCCUUUCCAAGCCAUCAAAGGACGCGACGCCGCCACCCGUCUCGCCCAACGCCGAGAUGACCGAGGUGGUCAAGAUAUACUACAGAGGUGGCAACUUCAAGAGCAUCAAGAUAUCCUCAGCCGAAACAGCACGUGAGAUCAUCAAGAGGAUGGCAGAGAAGUUCAACAUGUCUGCAUAUGACAAGUGUUUCGACAUCAUGGAGGUUGUCAAGGGAGAGAUUCACUUCUUUGCAGCAGGCGAUUAUAUACUUCCAUCAAAGUACAAGUGGCCAGUGAUCGUUGGAAACACUGGUAAUGAGACACAUGUUCAUUGUCGAUUUGAGAUUGCCAUUAGGAAGAGUGCUCCACAGGCUGCACAUGAGUUGUUCACUCGUGUU